AAUCGCUUCUCAACUCAAAUUAGUUCCAGCCAUAGUGCAAGGAAACCGCUCUGAAAUGGCGAAAUUGAGUUUUCUGUUGGUGAUAGCGAUGCUCAGCGUAUGCUUUCUAUCUGUAGCCAAUUGUGUCGAUGAGGAUACCGUCGAUGACGAUAAUGACAAUGAUACUGGCAGCAAUGAUAACGACGAUAUUGAUGAAGAUACUGGCAACAAUGAUAACGAUAAUGGUGAAGAUACUGGUAGCAAUGAUAACGUCGAUAAUGAUGGAGACACUGGCAACAAUGAUAACGACGAUAUUGAUGAAGAUACUGACAACAAAGACAACGAUAAUGAUGAAGAUACUGGCAGCAAUGAUAACGACGAUAAGACUGGUGAUACUGACAACAGUGGUGGCAGCAGCAAUAACGGAGGUAACAAUAACGGUAGUGGAACUGGUACUGGAAAUAGCGGAAACACGCCAUCAGGCCCAGUUCGUAAAAGGUUUACAAUACGUAAUUUCAAAUAUACAAUGCGGAAAAAUAUGUUGAAACAAAAGAUACGUGGAAAUAAGGUUAUACUACGCGGAAAUAAAAAAAGCCGAAAACGAGUAAAUAAUCGUAGUAGAGCAAAAUCUGGCUUACGUGUAUAUAGACCUGCAGUUAUUACUGGAUAA